CUUUGACCCUUAUCUGUGUUUAAAUUUGUCCCUCGGGCGCUGCCGUACUGCCCCCAGAAGUUACCGCGAUUUCAUUUGCCCGCGGCCGAGGGGUCGUGCCGUGGGAGUGGGGCGGUGACGGCCCUGAGGGAGGCGGAGGGCGGUGUGGCCCUGCGAGGCCGAGGAAAGAGCUGCCGAGGGCUGCCAGCGAGCCUGGAGGAGGCGAGGGAAGGAGGGGGCCCGCCGGUGCUGCAUUCGCCGAGGAGAGGCUGCUGCUGCAAUGGAUUCCUGGGUGCGAUUCAGCGCCCAGAGCCAAGCCAAGGAGCGGGUCUUCAGGGCUGCCCAGUAUGCCUGCACUCUCCUUGGCUACUCACUGCAGAAGUAUGGGGCCAGCCCUGAUUUCAUUGCUAGGAUCAAGCAGCUGGAGGCUCACAUGAGCUUGGGGCGCAAGUUGUUCCGGCUGGGGAAUUCUUCAGAUGCCCUGGAGGCGGCCAAACGGGCCAUCCACCUGUCAGACAUGGUCCUUCGCUUCUGCAUCACUGUCAGCCAUCUAAACAGAGCCAUGUAUUUCGCCUGUGACAACAUCCUGUGGGCAGGGAAAUCAGGUCUCGUUCCGCACAUGGACCAGGAGAAAUGGAGCCAGCGGUCUUUCAGGUAUUACCUCUUUGCACUGAUCAUGAACCUGAGCAGGGACGCCUAUGAGAUCCGGCUGCUGAUGGAGCAUGAGGCGAACGGGAAGUGCCAGCGAGGCGGUGGUGGAGACAGCCCCAGAGUGGGGGAAGACCACCGGCUCCAGCAGCUGACCUUGAGGCUGAAGCUGCAGGUCCGCCUCCUGUGUCACGUACUGAGAGACAACCCCCCUCUGCUCCUGGACCUGGCGAAAAACGCCUGCGACAUUUUUAUCCCCAUGGACAAGCUGGGCCUGUACAAGACCAACCCAGGGUUCGUGGGGCUCUGCGGCUUGACAUCUUCCGUCAUCUCCAUCCUUACCAUUGUCUUCCCAUGGCUGAAGCUGAAGCCUUGAAAGGCGGGAGCAGGGGGGGGGGCACUGGUGUCUGUAGAGCAGGCCAACAUGUCACAGGGCUUCCUCUUUCUACGUGUUCCACUUCCAGGGGCCGGCACCAGGUGUUUGCGACUUUGACAGCCUUUGGCAGCUGGUGGCCAUUUGCGUAACGUGGGCUCCUUGGUAUGUGGGGGCUUGGGCGUGUUGACACUUUGGGGGACAUCUAAUCUGCACUCAAUUUUAAGUGGGGGACAGCAACUUCGUGACCAACCUUCCUCUGGGCCACUGUACUACAACCUUCCUAUGCAGAUGGUCCUCAAGACGUAUCCUGCCCCUGGCUUGCCCCUCCUCUGCCCUUCCCACUCCACAAUACCUCUCCCCGCAAAUCCCACCCACUCAACUGCUCUUUUUAAUUCAUCCUGGGUUGCUCUGCAACGGUUCAGCCCCCUGUGAACUGUGGGAAUGCAUCCUUCAAUGCUCUGACAUUGGAGCCACUGGGGAAGGGAUCGGAGCUAUGCUAUGCACUGCCACACCCAGCCUCUUCCACUCUUGAGCAGGAGGUGAAAAGCGAAGGUAUGUCCUUGUGCAUAAAUCUAGUGACGGGCUGCCUCGUGGCAUGGUGCCUCGGUGCCCCUUGGGGAAACGAGGCCUUGUGACAUUCUGCAUCCUCUCUGCCUCUUUGCGGGCAGGUCGAGGGAGAACAACUGUGGAGCUGAGGCCACGUUUGGACUGAGGAGUAAGCACAUGCCCAGUAAAUGGGUUUCUGCUAUUCCUAUCGAGCUGUGGCUCCUAUGUUUUUUUUAGGCUUCACCACUCCAUUAACAAGCAGCGCUUUAAUGUCUGUGUUUCCUCAACCUGGUCCCCCUCCAGACGUUCUAGACCCCAGCUUCCAUCAGCCUGCAACCAGCAUGGCCACACUGAGCAUGAUGGAAGUUGGGGUAUUGACACGGCAUGAGAAUUCGGGACGGCUGUUCUAUGGUAUGCCUUGAUAUUUGGCACUGGUAGUUCCUUUUCCUGAUUUUGCAAGCCUCUUCUUCCCCCCCCCCCCCCCGUGUCUCAUAAACAUAACUUUUGAAAUCGAGUGACCUCCUGAAGCUAAAUGUAGUCAGUCACAGAGAGAUUUUUCUUUGGUAUUACUAUUUUUAAAUGGUGGGUGGCUCCUGUUUGCCUGGGGGAGGGUUAAGUUCUGAGUAGGGAUGCUGGUUUUCUGCCAGGCAGCUCACAGGGUAUGGCAUGUGCUCCAAAUCUGGUUACGAUCUGAUGCUUUAUAUAAAGUCAGGUUUCUGGCCGUCCUUGUCCUAGUACAGCAAGAGCUGGCAAAUCCAGACCCUGAGAAGACUCCUGUCAAAGAACUUUGGGGGGGGGGUAUCUCCUCUGCAGCUCUUAAAAUCUGGGAAUCUUCUCAGAGUAUGCACUUAGCCACCUUACUCCUCACACCCUGUGCUGCCACCUCAUUUCCCUUCACAGGAGCUCUGUGCAGUUGCACAACAGACAGAAAUCCCACCUGGGUUGCUUCCCCUUCCCUCUUCACUGUGGCCUCUCAUUUCUGGGAGAAGCUGCACAGAUUGAAUUUCUGCCUGCCACCCAUCUCUAACAGCUACAAAGCUUUGGGCCCUGCAUUCUCAUUGGGAUGCCCAACCUGUGGCUGGGUGGCAUCCCAUCAGACUGCAGUGGGGUGGGUGCUCCCCUGUGUUGGGGGGUGAACUAAAUGUUUCCACCUACAAGAGAAGUUAGCAUAUCUGGGGGGGGGCGACUAGGCAAGGUUCUUCCCCCUUGAUUUCUGAGUGGAGGGAAUUAUUUUUAUGGGGGAAGUAGUCAGGAACAUGACAUACACACACACACCUCUUUGCUGUCUGAAAGAAUGCAUUGCCAACUUGGUCUGAGCUUAGGCCAUUGUGGGGAAUCCCCAGGGCUCCCUAUUGAUCUGUUGUUUUUUUGUCAUCUUUUUCCAUCUCCAGCCCAGGUCUCCUUUCCCCUUCCAGUACUGCUUAUUAAUCUCCACCAUCAGCACCACCCACCUGCCCUGUUCAUAACCCCUUUCUUGGUUUUGAAACUGUGUUCCUAACCUGUAGCAGGUGAUAUACCUUGUUCCUCUGCUAAUAUAAUGCAGUGCCCUCCAGAUGUUGUGGAGCUUGCAGCCUCCACCCCUCACCAUUGGCCACAUUGGUUGGGUCUGAGCAGAGUUUGGCGGGGGGAGCGGGGAUCCUCCAGCAGUAUCGGGAAGGCAACAUAUUGGCUACCCCAGGAUAAAAAAAUUACCGUUUCUCCCAGUCCUCUAUAGUGUAUCAAAUAAACAGGGUUGAUCAUUUGAUCCAAUAAAUUAAGGUUGGCAUAUGUUGUGUAGCCUGGGUUCUUUUUCUUGAACGGAUGAUCUCAAGGGCUUGAUCUUGGUCAUCACAGAACACCCUGCAAACCAGUUCAUUUGGGGGGUGGGAAUCACUUCCUUUGCUUCCACUGGUGCUCAUUCCUCUGGGCCCUCACUGUAGCUGGAUGCUGCUUUUUCUUUUAAGGACGUCUGUACAAAAGCAGGAGAAAGCACCUGACUGCUGCUUCACGCCAAAGGCCCAUAGAAUCAUAGAGUUGGAAGAGACCACAAGGGCCAUCCAGUCCAACCCCCUGCCAAGCAGGAAACACCAUCAAAGCAUUCUUGACAUAUGGCUGUCAAGCCUCUGCUUAAAGACCUCCAAAGAAGGAGACUCCACCACACCCCUUGGCAGCAAAUUCCACUGUCAAACAGCUCUUACUGUCAGGAAGUUCUUUCUAAUGUUUAGGUGGAAUCUUCUUUCUUGUAGUUUGAAUCCAUUGCUCCAUGUAGUUCAGUAUCCUGUUCUGCAGUAGUGGUUCCCAGUUUGUUUUCAAGCCAUGGCUUCUUUGGUUCCAUAAACUCAUCCCUAGCGCCCCCAUCCUAGAAAAAGCAUUCAGAAUAGCGGUUUGCACAACCCAUAAGAACACAAUGCAAUUCAAGACCGUAGCCCAUCAAUUGCACAUUGAUUCAAAAUCCAGUUAGAACUAUUUACCGUAUUUUUCCGUACAUAAGAUGCCCUCUAUUUGGGG